AUGGCACCCGGCGAAUCCAAAGAUGAACGUGACGAACGAGUCACGAAACUCUGGCAGAGCUUAGGUGCCCGGAAGGACGGCCGUCUCGAUCUCAAUGGUUUAAAAAAGGGGCUGAAAAAGAUUGAUCACCCCCUCAAAAAUGCGGAUAGCAUGCUUCAGAAUGUCUUGAAAGCGGUUGACACCAAUGGUGACGGGUAUAUUGAUUACUCCGCCGCAUUUUCCAAAGCCGACGUGACGGUCUCCAGCGCUAAACUGGACGCAUUCUUUGCGGACGUGGACACGAACAGCGACGGUGUCAUUUCUUAUCCGGAGUGGAGGGAUUUCCUUCUCUUCCUGCCUGCCUACUCCAACUUGCGCGCUGUCCUGUCAUAUUACACGGCCACGGGAAAUCUAAACCCGGAAGGAGAUGUCCACAUCAAUGAUCUACAGGGUUUAGGUACAGACCACUCGUUUCCUAAGCGUUAUAUCUUGGCCAUAAAGAACCUUUUGUACAAUAUUCUCCCAGUUCACGUAUUGGCAGCCCUCAUCCCGGCAGCCUAUGCGGAAGUUGGUGGGGCACUCAACUUUGGGGUCGCGCUUGAGAAUGAUUCUGUACUCUUAGACGGUGACUCCGAAUUGGAGUGGCUGCCCGUACCCAGGACUGUCGCCAUGUGGAUGUCCUUCCGAUAUUAUGAACGAAAGUUGACAGAGAACACUCCUCAAUUAGGUUAUUUCAUUGCCGGCGGGAUUGCAGGUGCCGUAUCAAGGACAGCAACGGCACCUCUAGAUAGACUUAAAGUCUAUCUUAUUGCCCAGACCGGUGCGAAAUCGGCAGCUGUCUGUGCGGCGAAGGAUGGUGCUCCGCUGCGGGCGGCAGGGAAUGCAUCUAAAUCCCUUGCCGAUGCUGUCAAGGAAUUGUGGCGUGCUGGAGGCAUACGAAGCUUAUUUGCAGGUAAUGGGUUGAAUGUGUUGAAGGUCAUGCCUGAAUCAGCCAUCAAAUUUGGCGCAUAUGAGUCUGCUAAACGCGCAUUCGCUCGUCUUGAAGGUCAUAAUGACCCUAAACAGCUUGCACCAACGUCGCAAUUUUUGUCUGGAGGGUGCGGUGGAAUGGUUGCCCAGUAUGUUAAACAGUCUUCUGUGCAUGGAACCAUCAUCUAA